CUUGGGCGCAAGACACAGCUGUUCAACCUGUUCGGCGGUCAUGGUUCUCAAGCGUGCGUCAAGUCGCUUGAACAGGAAGUUAGCUCUGUUGUUGAACGUCUUGCACGUGGCAAUGCGUUGCUCUCGGAACUCCUGGAUGGCCUGCGGUGUAAGGAGACUGUAUAUGUCGUUAGCCGUCCAGCGCCAUUGGAUGAAUGCGUCCAGGUAUUCACCGCGAAGGUGGUUGGGGUACUUCACGCAAAUCUCCUCGAGUGUUGCCGAGUCCGGGAUCGGUUCUUCAAAAAGUGGGAAGGAUGGUAGUUCGUUGUACACUUUGGGCUGAUGGCUGCGUCCCUGCCGAAGCCCUUCUCGGAAGCGACCGAAUGCGUUGGACGGCGGCGGCUGCUCUUGUGAGACUGGAGCGUAUGGUGUCAGUGCUUGGCCAUACUGUUGCUGUUGUUGGUCGUUGCUGUUGUUGAACGCUGCCACUGCAUCAAGCGACGAUGGAUCUAUGAUGGGUGACGGGAGCUCCACGUACGAGUACUCCGGCAGUGAUGGGUAAGUGCUCGACCCCUCGUCCAUUUUGCUUGCUGCUUCCUGGAUCUUCAGAAUCUGGGUGCAGUCCCAGGUACGGUCCCUUCAGUUGCAACGGUACUACAGUCUUGCUUUUGGUAAGUGGAAGUCUCUAUUCCUUUUCCAAAGUACAGGGCAAGAGAGCAAGUCCAGCUUGCGCGUAGCUUAGGAAAGGAAUAGGAAAAGCAGGAGUGGAGGAGCGUAGAUGGGUGUUUGGAGCAUACUGUCUACUGUCUACGAAACGAAUCUGCCUUUUUAUGAAGAGGCGGCCUCCUGCCUUGCAAGUUGCAAUCACAUUACUACCCAUCGAGGCAGUAAGCCAUGUCUCAUAUCUGCUUGUUCGUCUCGGUCAGUUCGAUACUGCCUCGUGAAAGAGCCGCCCGCUGCCUCAUACUCUGCGGACAAAGAGGAUUGUACUCGAACUCGAGGCUAUGUGUUGAGGCAGUGGUACUUCGGUUGCUGGGAGUCGGUGCUCAUACUGGAGCUCAAUCGCAGUCUCGAGACAUGCCCUUCGACCUUCGGCCGCGAAUACUGAUUUCCACCACCAUAUUUGAGGGCUACUGACACUGACAGGCCGCUGGCAUGACCAUUCGAUAUAUGCGCAAAGAUCUCAGGCUCGGUUUCGAACAAUGACAAUGGCAUGCAUAAAGGAGGAACAAAGAACAACUUGUCGGUUAGUUUCAACAAUGGUCAAGAUGCCAAAAGGGUGAAACACAAAGAAAUUGGUAUGGUCAUAUCACAGAAUGUAUCGUCUCGAACAAUGGCUUGGUGCUUCGUCCGCUUGUGCAAUCGAGUUCAAGGUCCCAA